ACUGCAGGCAGGCUCUUUACCAUCUGAGCUGCCAGGAAAGGCUUUGAGGGUGAUCCCCAAACAUUCCUCCCUACUGUCACAAAGCUGGCUGGCCCCUGAGGGACAGGCCAUCAGGGCCUCUCUGAGACCCAGUGAGAUGUCUUUGCCCAACACAGGGGCUACCUCCUCCCAGAAGCCUUUCCCAGCAGGACUGAAGUUCAGCCUCUCCCUCCACCCUCAGACAGGGUCGUCAGGGGGCCUGAGUCUGUCAGUCCUGUCCGACUCUUUGCGACCCCGUGGACUGCAGCCCGCCAGGCUCCUCUGUCCAUGGGAUUCUCCAGGCAAGAAUGCUGGAGUGGGCUGCCAUGCCCUCCUCCAGGGGAGCAAGGGGCCUCCCGGUUACAAUUCAGGGCACACUUCCUGGACCCUUCACACCGGGGCCCCUGGGCACUUGCUCCGCCCUUUCCUGACCUCCCACUAAGCUGGGGCCUCCCCUCCGCGCAGCGGAUUAUCAUCUUAACUGGGAGUAGGGUACAUGCUGAGCCCUCUCCUCCUGUAAGUCUGGACAAAGACAACUACAAACCCAGGACACAAGCUGUAGAUUGAAUUUAAGAUCGAAGGCUUCUGCGCCCAGAAUUCACUGAUGCUGAGCGUUCCCUGUCGCGCGCGGUUGAGGGCAGAGGCCCGGCAGAGUGUGCUCUGGCGGUGUCAGCCCCUAAAUCUGCCCUUUGAGUAACCUCCCAUGGCUUCCGGAAGGAAGAGAGCGGGUGCAGCGCAGAGAACAGGGCUUUGGGGGCUGAGAGCCUCGGCGCUGUCCUUCGUGGCUGAGCGGCCUUCAGGCCAACUCACCUUGUUUCUCCUCGAAAACUGGGGAUCACAGUGCCUCCCUGGGGGAGAUAGAAGGGUCCAGGUCUUCAGCAGGUGGCUCGUACUUGCGGAACUGGGCGCCUCUUUUGGAUGCCCAGGCCAGGAUGCGUACACAUUCCGGAUUUCCUGGGAGCCCGUUCCUUCGCGUGUUGAUGGGGGUCUCCUCCGACCAAGCUCGAGGUCUCAGGAGCCUGGCCGACUUGUUUGUGGGGCCCUGGCCAGGCGGGGCGCUGCCUGGGGCCCAGUGAAUGGCUGCGGGUGGCAGAGAGGAGUCUGAAACCAGGGGUCCGAACGUGGAGGCCGGGAAACCGUGCAGCGCUUCCCGCGUGGUCGACGGCGUCCUGCAGGCCGGCGCCGUACUCGCCCUGCCCGCGGUGACUCGGGCGCACGCCCCGUCCCACUCACCCACCCCCCGCGGGGCCCCGGGCGCGCCCCAGCCCCUCGCUCCGCCCCGCAGGGCCCGGGGCUGCGGCUGGGAGCCCGGCCCCUUCAGUUCCCGCGCUCAGGUCCCGCCGGGGCCCAGGAAGUGGCCCCGGGCCGCGGCCCUCGCCCCGCCCCACUCCCUCCCGCGCUUAUCACCUGCCGGCCGGGCGCGCGACCGGGGACGGAGGGCGCGAGGGGAGCGCGCGGGCCGCCGGGCACCGGGUCGCGGGAGGUGACGCGCGGCGAGGAUGGCGGCUGGGGGCCGGGGGCUGCGGCCGCAGCUGCUCCUGCUCUCGGGGCUGCUGGCGCUGGGACCCGGCGCGCUGGCGGCCAAGCUCAACAUCCCCAAGGUGCUGCUGCCCUUCACGCGGGCCACGCGCGUGAACUUCACGCUGGAGGCCUCGGAGGGCUGCUACCGCUGGUCGUCAACCCGGCCGGAGGUGGCCAGCAUCGAGCCUCUGGGCCUGGACGAGCAGCAAUGCUCCCGGAGGGCGGUGGUGCAGGCCCGCCUGUCCCAGCCCGCCCGCCUGACCAGCAUCAUCUUCGCAGAGGACAUCACCACCGGCCAGGUCCUGCGUUGCGACGCCAUCGUGGACCUCAUCCACGGCAUUCAGAUCGUCUCCACCACCCGCGAGCUCUACCUGGAGGACGCCCCGCUGGAGCUGAAGAUCCAGGCCCUGGACUCGGAAGGAAACACGUUCAGCACGCUGGCCGGGCUGGUCUUUGACUGGACGAUCGUGAAGGACACGGAGGCUGACGGCUACUCAGACACCCACAACGCGCUCCGCAUCCUGACAUUCCUGGAGUCCACCUACAUCCCCCCCUCGUACAUCUCAGAGAUGGAGAAGGCGGCCAAGCAGGGCGACACCAUCCUAGUGUCCGGGCUGAAGACGGGCAGCUCCAAGCUCAAGGCGCGCAUCCAGGAGGCCGUGUACAAGAACGUCCACCCUGCGGAGGUCCGGCUGCUGGUCUUGGAGAACAUCCUUCUGAACCCAGCUCACGAUGUCUACCUCUUGGUGGGGACAUCCAUCCGCUACAGCGUGCAGAAGAUCAGGCAAGGGAAAAUUACAGAACUCUCAAUGCCCUCUGAUCAGUACGAGCUACAGCUUCUGAACAACGUCUGGGACCCGCAGGGAGCCCCGGGCCGGCCUGUGGCGGUCUUGGCCCAGGAUACGUCGACGGUCACCGCCGUGCAGCUGGGGCAGAGUAGCCUGGUCCUCGGCCACAAGAGCAUUCGCAUGCAGGGAGCUUCCCGGUUACCCAACAGCACAAUCUACGUGGUGGAGCCUGGGUACCUAGGGUUCACGGUCCACCCUGGUGGCAGGUGGGUGCUCGAGACUGGCCGUCUGUACGAAGUCACCGUCGAAGUGCUUGACAAGUCUGGCAACAGGGUGUACCUGUCGGAUAACAUCCGCAUCGAAACUGUGCUCCCUGCGGAGUUCUUUGAGGUGCUGGCUUCUUCCCAGAAUGGGUCGUACCAUCAUGUCAGGGCGACAAAGAGGGGCCAGACGGUCAUCAAGGCAGCCCUCACCUCUGUGGUGGACCAGGAUGGAGGGGUCCACACAUUACGGGUGCCUGUGUGGAACCAGCAGGAGGUGGAAAUCCACAGCCCCAUCACCCUUCAUCCGAGCAUCUUGACGUUUCCAUGGCAACCAAAGGCAGGCGCCUAUCAGUACACGAUAAAGGCCCACGGUGGCAGCGGGAACUUCAGCUGGUCCUCCUCAAGCUCUGUGGUGGCCACAGUCACUGUCAAGGGCGUGAUGACCACAGGCAGCGACACGGGGGUCAGUGUGAUCCAGGCACACGACGUGCAGAACCCGCUGCAUUUCGGCGAGAUGAAGGUGUACGUGAUCGAGCCCAGUGGCAUGGAGUUCGCCCCAUGCCCAGUGGAGGCCCGCGUGGGCCAGAGCCUGGAGCUGCCCCUCAGGAUCCACGGCCUCAUGCCGGGCGGUGCCAACGAUGUGGUCACCCUGAGCGACUGCUCCCACUUCGACUUGGUGGUGGAGGUGGAGAACCAGGGCGUGUUCCAGCCGCUCCCAGGCAGGCUGCGCCCGGGACCUGACCACUGCAGCGGCGUCACGGUGAGGGCGGAGGCCCAGGGCUACACGGCGCUGCUCGUCAGCUACAAGCACGGCCACGUGCAGCUGAGCGCCCGCGUCACCAUCGCCGCCUACCUGCCCCUCAAGGCUGUGGACCCCUCCUCUGUCGCCUUGGUGACCCUUGGCUCCUCGAAGGAGAUGCUCUUUGAGGGUGGUCCCAGACCCUGGGUCCUGGAACCUUCCAAGUUCUUCCGCAACGUCACCUCAGAGGACGCGGACAGCAUCAGUCUGGCUCUCUUUGGGCCCCCUGCCUCCCGGAAUUACCAGCAACACUGGAUCCUCGUGACUUGCCAGGUCUUGGGUGAACAGGUCAUUGCCCUCACGGUGGGGAACAAGCCCAGCGUCACCAACCCCUUCCCGGCACUGGAGCCCGCCGUGGUGAAGUUUGUGUGUGCGCCGCCCUCCCGGCUCACGCUGACGCCCGUCUACGCCAGCCCCCAGCUGGACCUGUCCUGCCCGCUCCUGCAGCAGAACAAGCAGGUGGUUCCUGUCUCCAGCCACCGCAGCCCGCUGCUGGACCUGGCCGCCUACGACCAGCAGGGCCGCAGGUUCGACAACUUCAGCUCACUGAGCGUCCAGUGGGAGUCCAGCAGGCCGUCGCUGGCCAGCAUUGAGCCUGCCCCGCCCCUGCAGCUUGUGUCUCGGGAUGACGGGAGCGGCCAGAAGAAGCUGCACGGGCUGCAGGCCAUUUCGGUUCACCGGGCCUCGGGCACCACGGCCAUCUCUCUCACCGCCACUGGCUACCAGCAGCCGCACCUGGACGCGGCGAGAGUGAAGCAGCCGCACGACCCCCUCACGCCUGUGUCGGCCUCCAUUGAGCUCAUGCUGGUGGAGGACGUGAGGGUCAGCCCGGAAGAGCUGACCAUCUACAACCACCCAGACGUGCAGGCGGAGCUGCACGUCCGAGAAGGCUCUGGCUACUUCUUCCUCAACACCAGCAGCGCCGACGUGGUCAGGGUGGCCUACCAGGAGGCCCAGGGCGUCGCCACGGUGCGCCCUCUGCUCCCCGGCACCUCCACCAUCAUGGUCCAUGACCUGUGCUUAGCCUUCCCUGCCCCCGCGAAGGCCGAUGUCUACGUCUCGGACAUUCAGGAGCUGUACAUCCGCGUGGUGGACAAGGUGGAGAUUGGGAAGACGGUCAAGGCGUAUGUCCGCGUGCUGGACUUCCACAAGAAGCCUUUCCUGGCCAAGUACUUGGCCUUCAUGGACCUGAAACUCCGGGCAGCCUCCCAGAUCGUCACGUUGGUGGCACUCGAUGAGGCCCCGGACGACUACACUGCCUCCUUCCGCGUCCACGGCGUGGCCAUCGGCCAGACCAGCCUCACCGCGACUGUGACGGACAAGGCGGGACAGAAAAUCAACUCAGCCCCACAGCAGAUUGAGGUCUUCCCCCCGUUUAGGCUGAUCCCCCGGAAGGUGACGCUGAUUAUUGGGGCCACAAUGCAGAUCACCUCCGAGGGCGGCCCCCAGCCCCAGUCCAACAUCCUCUUCUCCAUGAGCAACGAGAGCGUGGCGCUGGUGAGCGGCGCCGGGCUGGUGCGGGGCCUCGCCGUGGGCCGUGGCGCCGUGUCGGGGAUCGUGCAGGCCGUGGACGCCGAGACCGGCAAGCUGGUUGUCGUGUCGCAGGAUCUCGUGGAGGUGGAGGUGCUGCUGCUUCAGGCUGUGAGGAUCCGCACGCCCAUCACAAGGAUGAGGACGGGGACCCAGAUGCCCGUCUAUGUCACCGGGAUCACCAACAACCAGAACCCUUUCUCCUUCGGCAACGCUGUGCCGGGCCUGACCUUCCACUGGUCUGUCACCAAGCGAGACGUCCUGGAUGUCCGGGGGCGGCACCACGAGGCCUCACUCCGGCUGCCGUCCCAGUACAACUUUGCCAUGAACGUGCUCGGCCGGGCAAAGGGCCGCACCGGGCUGAGGGUGGUGGUCAAGGCCCUGGACCCCACCGCCGGGCAGCUGCUGGGCCUCGCCAAAGAGCUCUCUGACGAGGUCCAGAUCCAGGUGUUUGAAAAGCUGCGGCUGCUGAGCCCUGAAGUAGAAGCGGAGCAUGUGCUCAUGUCGCCGAGCUCAUUCAUCAAGCUCCAGACAAACAGGGAUAGUGCUGCCUCUGUGAGCUACCGCGUCCUGGACGGGCCAGAGAAGGUUCCUGUCGUGCAUGUUGACGAGAAGGGCUUCCUGGCGUCCGGGUCCGUGAUCGGCACGUCCAUGGUCGAAGUGACCGCCCAAGAAGCUUUCGGGGCCAACCAGACCAUCAUUGUUGCUGUCAAGGUGUCCCCUGUUUCCUACCUGAGGAUCUCCAUGAGCCCCGCCCUGCACACUCGGAACAAGGAAGCCCUGGCGGCCCUGCCCCUGGGCGUGACCGUGACCUUCACCGUCCACUUCCAUGACAGCUCUGGAGACGUCUUCCACGCUCACAACUCCAUCCCCAACUUUGCAACUAACAGGGACGAGUUCGUGCAGGUUGGGAAGGGCAUCGCCAACAAUACCUGCGUGAUCCGCACGGUCAGCGUGGGCCUGACGCUGCUCAGGGCGUGGGACUCGGCGCACGGCGGCCUCUCCGACUUCGUCCCGCUGCCCGUCCUGCAGGCCAUCUCCCCCGACCUGUCCGGGGCAGUGGUGGUGGGGGAUGUCCUCUGUCUGGCCACGGUACUCGUCAGCCCGGAAGGAGUCCCCGGGACCUGGAGCUCGUCAGCCAGCAGCGUCCUCCACGUCGACCCCAAGACGGGCGCGGCCGUGGCCCGGCAGGCAGGCUCCGUGACUGUCUACUAUGAGGUCGCCGGGCACCUGAGGACCUACAAGGAGAUCGUGGUCAGCCUGCCUCAGAGGAUCGUGGCCCGGUACGCCCGCCCCAUCCAGGGCAGCUUCCAGGAGGUCUCGGCCUCCAAAGUGAUGGUCACCGUGGGAGACCGGAGCUCCAACCUGAGAGGCGAGUGCUCCCCCGGUCAGGCAGAAGGCAUCACGGCCCUGCGCCCGGAAGCCCUCCUCAGCUGCCAGCUGCAGUUCAAGCAGGAUGUCUUCGACUUCCCGGCACGAGACGUCUUCACCGUGGAACCCGAGUUUGACGCCACCCUGGGCCGGUACCUGUGCUCCGUGACGAUGCUCCCGCUGACGGACCGGCAGCUGAAGCACCUGAGCCUGAAGCGGACGGCGCUGCUGGUCACAGCGAGCCUCCUGGGCAGCCCCUCCCCCAUGGAGCAGGUUGGGGCCGAGGUGCCCUUCAGCCCAGGGCUUUACGCCGACCAGGCCAAAAUCCUCCUGAGCAACCACUACACCAGCUCCGAGGUGAAGGUCUUUGGUGCCAUGGAGGUUCUGGAGCACCUGGAGGUGAAGUCGGGGUCCCCAGCCGUGCUGGCCUUCAUGAAGGAGAAGUCUCUGGGGCUGCCGAGCUUCGUCACCUACACAGUCAGCAUCUCGGACCCCACGGCCGGCAGCCAGGGGCCUCUGUCCACCUCCCUGACCUUCUCCAGCCCCAACACUGACCAGGCUGUCACCAUCCCAGUCACCGUGGCCUUCGUGAUGGACCGCCGAGGCCCGGGCGCUCACGGCGCCGGGCUCUUCCAGCGCGUCCUGGACUCCUACCAGGCCAUGUUCUUCAUCUUCGCCCUGUUGGCCGGGACAGCAGCCAUGAUCAUAGCCUACCACGCAGUCUGCGCGCCUCGGGAGCCCCCUGCCACGCCAGCUCUCUCCCCGAGAGCCAGCCCUCAGCACAGCCCUCACUAUUUCGCUGCCUCAUGGCCAACACCUUCCAACGCACUCCCUCCUGCCCGCCGAGCCAGCCCCGCCUCGGGGCUGUGGAGCCCACCGUACCCGUCCCACUAGGCAGCGGGCCGAGACCCUGGGCCCCCACCGCCCCCGGGGACAGGCCUGCCGGGUCCAGCCUGGAGCGAGCCCCGGCCCAGCCGCCACUGCCACCAUCUCCGCCGCCCCCUGCCUGUAGCUGGAGUCUAGGCUGUCCCCAAGAGCUCAAUCUUAACAUGUAGGAAUUUAAGUUUGUUGUUUGGGUUUUUUUUUUUUUUGCUUUUAUUGUUGUUUUGUUUUACUCAGAGUCUUGCAGAGGCGAAGACUUUGGCUCCCUCCUCGACCUGUUGUCUGGGGUUUCUUGAAGAACACGCAGCUUUUGUCAUUUCGGGGUCUCUAGAAUCACACCGUUCUCAGGACUUAGAGCAGGCGGCCGUCUUUGGACCAGGGCUCUGUAGAUGCUGUGACAGCAGCGUUCUCAGGGAAAGGACUUUGUCAGUGAUGUUUUUUAUUUGUGUGAGUUCUUUUCUCUCUGGAAACCCAGCAUUUCCCCCGUCCGGCUCCUGCUGGGAAAUGAUUGGAGUGAAUGGACGCGAGUGGCCUGGGCCACCCCAGGGCUACAUGAGGAGCCUCGGGGCUGGGCCAGGGUGCCCAGCUCAGCCUCAGGGGCUGCUGAAACUCCCAGAGCCGGGAGCCUUGCCUCCUGCCCCCACCGAGGGCCGCUGUGAGCGGAGAGUCUCCUCUGUGGUUCUUUGUUUUCCCGGCGGUGAACUUGGCCUCUGCCCCAGGGGACAGCCCGUCCUGCCUGUCCCCGCUUCACUAUCAGCACAGGGGCUUCAGAGUCGAAUCAGGGAGGCGUCCUUGACCUGGAGCCAGGCGCCGCCCGUGAGCUCAGACCUCUGCCCACGCACAGGCCCGCGUUCUCCGCCCCUCCUUCUGUACGAAGCACCUCGCCGAUCUGAGCCUCCGGCGCCCUGCAGGACGGGCUCCCUCAAGGCAGCUCCCUAGACGGGCCAGGGAGGAGGCAGCUCGGAAAACGGCCUCCCGCCCAGCCCUUAUCCAUGUGGCAGCUGAGACCUCCAGGACGCAGCCCUCCCAUGGCCGGGGAGCCGCACCACCCCAGAAAGCCCCAGAGCCUGGUGCGCGUGGACCCUGCCAUGGGGCCUCCAGCUUUGACCCUGAGCCGUAUGCCUGAACCUGCCUCAGUCCUUUGGGGCUGGACCAUGCAAUUUAUUUUUUUAAAGCUAGAGACAGGAAGAAUUGUGCCUUGGCAUAUUACUUGAGCUCAAACUGACAACUUGGAUGUAAAUAGGCGCAUUUCUACUUGGUUUAUUUAAUAAAGCUCGAUUUAGUUUCUUAA